AGUGUCGUUGCCGGCCGACUACACCUUCAGACCCCCCGUUCUCGGCCCUGACUUAGGGUCCUGAGAGCGGUUGUCCUAGUUCAGACCAUAUUGCCUCCGAGAGGCAAUCCCACUUGGAUGCCACCGGCAGCUUCGGACGAUUUGUUUCGCCAGCAGAGCCGGUCCCUAGGUGACAAUAGCAUACUUCCUGAAGAUCCCAGUCGAAUAACUUUGGAGCAUGAUCUCGGUGGAAAGACCAAGAAAAAGGGGAAAACCGGAUCCAAGGCGAAGGCUAAAGCCGCUAAAGCAGCCUCGAAAUCUCCACCUGACGACCUUCUAGAAGCAUCACCGCCUCUGCAGGCUGAGCCGUCAUCUUGCCCCAACCCGACGCUGGAGCCGCCUCCUGGUGACCGCAUCGUGUCACCUGUACUCGAUGCCCUUGGCACUCUAGGGGACUCCCCUGAGAACGACAUUGCUUACCGCACCGAUAGUUGGGCUAAGUCCAUUCCCUUUGGGAAAAGCCCUCCAAACGAUGUCGUGGAUGGCGAAUUUGACAGCGGAUCCCCCUUUGGGUUUCUCACCAGCCAGGACAAAGGCGGAUUCAGCCAUCCAUCUUCAACAUCUCCUCCUCCCAGGGCAAGGCCCUUAAGCUAUGGGCAUGGAUACGCGAACAGUAGUGUAUCUCGACAACAGUCUGCAGACCGACAAAAGAGCCAAUCCCUUAGCGGCCCAUUCAACAAUCAAGUGCCCCUGCCACAUCUGCCGCAGGCCCAUUUCUAUGGAGCGCCUGAAAUCGACUUGCCUUUGUUUUCUGGUCAGAACAGGUCAGCGACUGAUGGAAGCUAUUCGUUCUGUGCGUUCGACACGAUUGUCAACCCGUCAUUUAAAGCCUCAAGAAUGGGAAGUAGCGUUCUCCUGGUCGGGACGGAUGGCGGCUUGGAGGUCCUCGCCAUCGAAGAUCGCAAAACGCGUCUUGUUGGAAAGUUGGCUGGUCUGAAUGGCCGUGUCGUUGAAGCCAAGUUGCUGAGCAGCACCUCAACGGAUGAUCCGUUCCUGUCAUCCAGACCCCACGUCGCUGUCAUCGUUCAUGGACCUACCACUCAAUCAGAUGAUGAGGGCCAUAUAUCUUCCAACAACUCAGAAGCAAACGAUAUUCCUGCUGGCAGACAGUCGGCCGCCGGAGUGCGUGCCACUAAAGAAGAAACCAGGUAUUACCAGACACGAGUUGAGGUGUACUCACUGAGGACGGGAGAACAUAUAACAACGCUUCUGUCGACCCCACCCAGCCCGUGCUUUGGCAAUAUACCUGGCCUCCCUGCCUUGGCUCCUUCACCGGCUGGAAAUUUGAAGCUCUUUGUGAGUGGUAGCUAUGUUGUUGUGGCGUCCGGCUCUAGCGGAGAAGUAUAUAUGUAUGGCAUGAGCAAGUACCAAUGCCUAGGGAAGACGUGGACCAGUGUCAAGUCGAAGGAAUCUCGGCGGUACUCUACAUCUUCGAGCUCCACUGACCCAGAUGGAUCUCAAUCCGAUUCCCCUCAUGGAUCUCUCAAUGCCGAUACCCCAAUCGUUGCAUUGAAGGGGAGAUGGCUAGCUAUAGUCCCACCGUCGGCCACUUACAGGGCUACCCUCCACGGGACAGUCCCGACGUCUUUGUUACAAGGCAAGGCCUACGGACUUGAGACUCGAAGCCCCCCGUCACGACCCGCAAUAACCUGCGCUACUGACGUCGGUGAGGGCGAAAGCUUCUUCGGCAAAGUAGCUCGAGGUGUCACCCAAGAGCUCAUGCGAGGUGCACGCUGGAUGGGUGACCAGGGACUACAGGCAUGGAACAGUUACUGGAAUAAAGAGCAGUCGCAGAGCAUGCCAGCACGCCGGUCCCCUAAUCUGAUGGACUUUCCUCCACAGGGAUACAAUCUCUUUCCUCCCACACAUGGUCAAGAAACCCAAGCUAUGUCGGCUGCUGAGCCUGACCUAGUAUCAAUCUUCGACUUGCGAAAGCUUGAUGAAGGUGGGGAAGCUAAGACUGCUUUGUUCAACCCGGUGGCAACUUUUCAGGUACAAAAUGGCUGCAGCUUUCUUUCCUUCUCUCCUAACGGCCUCAUGCUGUUUACAGCGAGCAAGAAGGGGGAUGUUCAGUAUGUUUGGGACCUCAUGCAGGCCAAAUACUGCCGAGCAGGUGCUUUCAUGUCCGAUGAUCCGGUAGCUGCACAGCCAAGCGUGCGACAGGUUGCUCGGUACCCACGAUUGACUACAUCUCAUAUCGUUGACGUGGUCUGGUGCCCACCUUCCGGGGACAAACUAGCAGUGAUUACGAGUAAGCCGACGGUGCAUGUUUUUGACCUGCCACGAAGCGCCUUCCAUUGGCCCCCCUUCCGUCGGUCUCGACCACAGCCCGCCAAAGCCCAUACUCCCGAUAUCCCUGCCGAAGAGAUUUCUGAUCGGGUGGCGGCCGCAAAUCCCCUAUCGGCCGCUUUUAAGAUGGUUGGCGGUAAGACGCAGCCAAUCCUUGCUGCAGUCAGGAGCCGUACUCCAUCCACCGGAGCUGCUUUCCCCUCUGUCGGUGGCUUUGCAAUACCCGCUGCUGGCGUGAGUGGAAAGGCGGUCGCUGCUGGCCUUAGCAAAUCGAUGGGGGCCGCCGCCACCGGCACCGUUAAAACGGUCAACACCUUUCGACACGGUGGUGAGCACCGCCUGCACCUGUCCAAUCUUUCCCGGGAUCCUGUUGCCUCUCGUGUGACGUGGAUCAUCCAUAAAGGCAUGCCUUUCUUGGGCUUGAUAGACGGGGGGUUUUUCCGUCUGUAUAGGAUCAAACGUUCUACCUCGCCCAGUAAGAAUCGACAGGUGCAGUCGGUGAUUGGAAAUAAAGAACUCGAGUUCCGCUUGCCUCCCCAGAUGCAGACCCCUUGCGGCCCCAUGACUGUGGGUACCUCCAACACCGAAACAACCGUGUCUGCCACGUUGGCUCUGCCAUCUUCGAAUCUGCGACCGCUGCCGGCAUCGAAGCUCAAAUGCCAGCCGCUCUCGCAGGCAGAGAUUGAGACAAACACCCCAUACCAGCCCUUCCAUACCGACCAGAGGGUGAACCUUUUCGUGUUCUCCGAGGCGGAUGACACCGUAACCUCGGUCCCGACUGGUCAGUGGGCGUUCGGCGGUCCGAUGUCGACCACGAAGCUUCAUGUCCGUCCUUUCAGCGCCAGCAGCGAAGAGGACGACGACGACAUGGUGCAUGAACAGCACGCGGGUUUCGGUGCUGAGAUGGAGAAUUUGAUCAGCCUGGGAAAUAGUACAGGCAAUGUGGAAGAGGUGGUGAUCACCACGCGGAGGAAGAAGAAGCCAUUCUCGGCGCUGUCAUUGGGGGGCGGAGUCGAUGACGGCUUUUUCGAAGACGACUGUGAAGUCUUAGACUUUGCCCGGGACCGAGUCUAGUAGCGACAUGUACAUAUCAUGUCACCGGCGGGGCCUAAGUGAAACUGAACUAAUAUGCCAUAUUUUAGACUUACAUCGGUAUCGGCGUUGGUGUGUUUGGAAUUUGAGUGCACUCCUUUCUGCUCUUGCCUUCGAUGCCCUGCACCAGGAUCGACCGCAUUGUGCUUGCAGGAGCUCAACGCCAUGGCGGGAUCAUGGGUUAAUG